AUGAUUUUAGAAGUUGUACCAUUAUAUAGUCAUACAUUUUAUAGUACUUUGCUUAUAAUUAAAGAUUUGGAAUUGUUUAAAAAGGAAUAUAGAACAAGUAAUAUAUUACAAGAUAUAAAUAAAGAUACAUUAGACAAUUUUUUAUCUAAUCACGAAAAUAAUGAUUUAAAAGAAAAUAAUUAUAAGCAUAUAUAUAAUUAUGAUUAUUUAAAUAACAAAAAUGAUUUUUACUCAAAUAGAAAAGAUAAGAAUAUAUACAUUCUUAUAAAUUGUGGUUGGGAUGAUAAUUUUUGUCUAAGCGAUAUAAAAAAUAUAUUAAGGAUAUGUGAUUAUAUAGAUUUUAUUAUAAUCACUAGUCAUAGUUUAAGUUAUGUUGGAUGUCUACCGUUAAUUUAUAUGGAAUUAUUGAAGAAAAAAAAGAAAGUUACUAUAAUAUGCCAUGAAUAUAUUCAAUCUUAUAGUAAAUAUGUUUUAUUAAGUCAUUUAAAAUGUAACAAAAGUUGCGAUUUUUUUAAAAAAUUCAAUGAAAAUGAAUAUUUAAAAAUAUUAAAUGACUUGUAUCAAAGUAUUAUAACACUCGAAUAUAAGGAGCAUUUUGUUUUUAAAAAAGUUAUAUGUAAAAAAAAAAAUAUUGUUUUUAUACUUCCAUUAUAUUUGAUAAAUAAUGGAGAUAACAUAGGUUCUUCUGCAGUUAUAAUAAAACUCUUUAACUAUAAAAUUUUAUAUUCAAUAAAUUUUAAUAUAGAAGAUUAUUCUUUUAUUGAUAAAUCAGAAGUAAUAAAACAAUCAGACGUUUUCACGUAUAUUAGCAAUUUUCAUUAUACAAAUAAAAAUUAUACUAAAAUGAUGGAUUUAAAAAAUAUUUUAAAUAUAGUAAAUAAAACUAUAAACAAUUUAGGAUGUGUUCUUUUCCCCAUUGAUAUUGAUAGUAUAUUUAUUGAUCUUCUAUUUCAUAUCAACGCUCUUUUAGAAGUUUGUUCUCAAAGAUAUGCACUUUUAUUUCUGUGCCCCUAUUCGGAAAAUUUUAUAAGGUUAUUAUUCACCUCUUUAACGUAUAUGAAUAUAUAUAUCAAAAAUAAUUUUCAUAAAAAUAGAAUAAAUUUAUUUAAAAUUAAAAAUUUAAUUUGCUUAAGAAAUUAUAAUGAUUUCAAAAAGUAUGAAGAUGGAUAUUAUAUCUUAUUUUCUUUUCCUUCUACCUUAAACAAUGAUUCAGUAAAAAGAAUAUUGUCUUCAUUUCUUACAAAGAAGAAAAAUGUCAUAAUAUUUACUAAAGCAAAUGAUACGAAUAGUUUUUCAAAUAACAUAUGUAAUUACUUGGAUUCAAACAAGGAUAAAAACAAUAGAGAUUUUUUCAAUUUUUCUUUCAUUCAAAAUAUAAAAUUUGAUGAUAAAAAAUUAUAUGAAAUUUAUUUGAAAGAAAAAAAUAACAUUGAGAAAGAAAUUCUACAGAAAAAGGGAGAAGAAAAAAAAACUAAAAAAAAAAAAGUUAGAAAAAGAAAACAGUUGAAUUUUAUUUUUGAAUCUCACGAAGAAAUGAUGUAUUUGAAAAAAAAAAAUGACAUAAUUGAAAAAAAAAAGAAAAAUAGAGGAAAUUUAAAAGGAAAAGAUAAAAAAAAAAAUUUUGAAGAAACCCUUAAAAUUAAAAGCAAAAAAAAUAAAAAAAGGCAUUAUAAUGGAAGCAAAGCAUCAUCAUUUAAUGAUUUUAACACUUUUGUUAAUAUUAAUCUAUCUCAAUCAGAAAAUGAUCAGGAAGAAAAUAAGGAUUUUCCUAUAAGUCAAAAAUGUAAUAUAUAUUUAAACAGAAAUAGUAAAAAGAACAAAAAUAAAGAUGAAGAAUUUGCUCAAUUUGUAAAGGGAGAUAAAAUGAACUGCUCAAAAAGUUAUGAUUCUAAUGAUGAAAAUAAACAUGAAGAAAAUGAAAUUAACUAUAAAAUGGAUGAAGUGAAAGAAGAAAAUAAAAAAGGGAAAAGAUACCAUUAUAAUAAUGAACAUAAGGAAAAUCAUAAUAAUGAUCGCUAUUGUGAUGAAGGGAAUGAAGAUGAUGACAUUGAUGAAGAAGAUAUUAAUGAAAAUGAAAAUGAUGAUGACAAUAAUGAUGCUGAUAAAGGUGAUGAAGAUGAUGAAGAUGAAGAUAAUGAUGAAGAUGAUUAUGAUGGUGAUGAAGAUGAUGAUAAUGAUGAUGAUGAUGAUGAUGAAGAUGAUGAUGAAGAUGGUGAUGAAGAUGAUUAUGAUUAUGAUGAUGAUGAAGAUGAUGAUGAUGAUGAAGAUGAUGAUAAUGAUGAAGACGAUGAUGAUUAUAAAAAUACUAACAGUCAUGUUAAUAGUAUUAAUAGUGAAGAAGAAAUAAAUAAUGAUAUAAAAGAAAAAAUAUCUUUAAAAAGUGAUAAAAAUUCAUUAAAUAUUAUUAAUAAAUUUGAAAAUAAUGAACAAAUUAAAGAUAAAUAUAUGAAUGUAAAGAAUUAUGAUAAAUAUUAUAGUUAUUCAGAGAGUAAAGAAAGCGAAAGUAAUUACAGAAUUAGUAAAAAGAAUAACAUAAUGUAUGAUAAUGAAAGUGAAAUUCAAAAUAAGAUGGAUAUUAGUGAAAACGUAUUUAAAGCAUAUACAGAUGAGGAAAAAAGUGAAGAAGAAAACAUGAAAAAAGAAAAAAAUUAUGAACUUGUUGAAAAUUUAAAUAAGCAAAUUUUAAAAACUAGUAAUUCUGGGGAGAAUGAAAAAGCAUAUCCAGAUUUAGUAAAAUUUAAUAAAAUAUUAAAAAUUAAUAAAGAAAAAAAAAAUUUUAAAAUAAAAAUAGAACAGAAUAAUGAUGAUAGGAAGGAAUUAAAUGAAAAUUAUAUUGCAAAUUUUAUUGGAAAUUAUAAAGAAGAUGAUUCCUCUCUGUUAAUAAAAAAGGAAAUAUAUGAUUAUGAAGACUUAGAUAAAAAUAGUAACAGUGAAGAGAAAAACAAUCUAAAAAAAGAAAAUGAAGAAAAAGAAACAUUUAAUAAUACUGAUGAAGAGAAAAAAAGGAAUUUGAAAAAUGAAGAUAUUUUUGGAUAUUAUGAAAUGAAUAAUAAAAAAAAUAAGAAAAAAAGUGCAGUGACAAAAGAAAUUAGUUUAAAUAGUGUAUUUAAUAGUGGUUUCAAGGAAAGUAAAAAUGUAUUAAUACAUAAAAAGAAAUGGAAACAGAAGUUAAUUGAUUAUUUGAAAAAAAUUCCAAAAAAUUCAAAAGAACAAAAAAUUUCAAUUUAUAUAGAUUGCGUAAUAAAAUCUUUUAAUAUGGAAAAUUGCGUUAAUCAAAAUACUUUAAGAACAAUUUUAUAUCUAAUGAAACCAAAACAUUUUGUAUUACUUCCAAGUUGUAAUGGUUUUUUUUCUUUUAAUUUUGAAAUGCUAUUGUAUUCUUCAGUAGGAAAUGAAAAAAUAAACUUUCACACCUUUUACUCACCUAAUUUUUGCGAUACAAUAAAUAAAAAAGAUAUAUUUUAUAAACGUUAUUUUUGCCAAAGUACUUCAUCGAUUAAUUCAAUAAAAAUACCUUUAAAUGUGCAUUAUGAAAAUGUGUAUAUAAAAAGUAUAUAUAACUUAUUGAAUACAACAAAUUGUGAUGAUGAUUUUCAUGUUUUUAAAGUUAAAGCCUAUAUAGGAGGAGAAAACAUUGAAAAGCCUUCUCAUUUAAACAUUAAAAGAAGAAAAAGGUUUAUAAAUGAACACAGUACCUUUUGGAGUGAAUACAAUCAUGCAAAUUACAUUUUGUGUUUAUCAAAUGAUAAUGGUGAGCAGGAAGAAAGGGAAGAUAAAGAUAAAUCAAAGGAUAACAUUUCUGAUAACGUAAAUGAAAAUAUGAAAAAAGAACAAAAUGAUGAAAGGAAAUUUUUAAACUAUUAUUUGGAUAAUGAUGCAAAUAAUUUAAAAGAAAAUAAUGAAAAUUCUAUUAAAGAAAUAGAUUCUAGCUCAUCAUCAGAAGUAGAUCAAAGUACUUUUUAUGAAGAAUUAGAUGAAGAAAAUAAGUUAGAUGGGAAUAUAUAUAUUGGUGAUGUAAGUAUGAGAACCUUAUCAGCAACUAUAAAUAAGUUUUUUCAUAAAUGUUUGAAUUUUGCUGAUGAAAAUCAAAUAAUAAUUAAUGGAAACACAUGUAUUAAAAAAGAAAAAGAAAGUAAAAAUAUCAUAUGGAAGAUUGAUAGCUCCUUAGAUCCAUCGUUUUAUUUUUUAAGAAAUAUUUUAAAAGAUAUGUACAACAACAUUUCUAUAUAA